UGGUUCUCACCUUCCACCAGGUGGGUCCCGGGAUGGAACUCCGGGUUCUCAAGGCUUGCCGGAAAGUGUCACUACCAUCUUGAAGGCCCACUGCCAGGCUUUUUUCUUUGGAAUUCUUUUGUUGUUUGGAUUUGGUUUUUGUUUUCUUUUUAGAGACAGGGUUUCUCUCCGUAGCCUUGGCUAUCCUGGAGCUUGCUAUACAGAUCAGGCCAACCUUGAACUCACAGAGAUCCACCUGCUUCUGCCUCUCAAGUGCUCUGGUUAAAGAAGUGAGCCACCAGGCAGGCCCAGCCUUAUUCUUUGGAAUUCUAAGGACAAUUUGACUCCCCUCCCCUGGAACGUAUUUAUUUAUGAAUGAGACAGUCUCAUGUCUUGCUCUGGGAUGAGACUUAUCUUGACCUGAUGCUCCGUCCUCCACGGCCUAAGAUUAGAGGUGUGCCCCUGUUUUAUACCGACUCGGGUUUGGGAUCCAGGGCUUGGUACACGUUGGCAAGCCCUCUACCAACUGAGCCACAUCCCCAGCCUCCCCGCAAAGCCGCAAACUUUCUUGUUUGAAAGGACGGGGAAGGCCUGCAGAGGGGGGUGGCUCUGAGCCCCUCUGCGUCGCUCUCCGCCUAAAUUCCUCCUCUCCGGAUUGUGCAGGCCUGUUUUACAGGUGGCUGGCACACGUACGAGUCCAAUCCGCCCCCAUCCUGCUGCUGGGGAUGGAACCAGAGCCGCUCGGGUGCUGGGCAAGCCUCCGCGCUGACCUGCCUCCCUGCUUCCUUCUCACCCAUUUUAAAGACGGAGAGACAUCACACCCGACGAGGGAGCCCGGUCGGUCGGGGUGGACCUCCCCAGCGCGGCCACCAGGGGCUGCGGGCACCCCAAGGGGUGGAGGCAGGUGCUAAUGAAACCAGGUCCCGGGGCCCCCUCCUCUCCCGGGACUCUGAGCCCGGGAGGGAAGGCGCCAGGUAGAGGCUGAGGCAGGGUUGGGGCGGGGAAAUCGAGGCACCCGCCCUCCGCAAGCUUGGACUCAAUAAGGUUGGCAGAGAGCUGUGGGCAACCGCUGGCCGGCGCCGCCUCUUCGUGCGGCCCGGAGCGACCCGCCCGCCCCGUCCCCGCGGAUCCGCAGCUCGGCUGGGUCCGCACGGCUUGGCCUGGACCCUGGACAGACCGGCGAGGUGAGGCCGGUCGGGCCAAGCCCUCCGCGCUGCCUCUCACGGGGGAGGGGUCUCUGCCCGUUCAGGUCACCCACUUCCUUCCUGUUCGGCUCAGCUGAGAGGUGCGAGUGGGGAGUCUACAGCAAACCCCGCGCUGGGUGACCUGGGGCAAAUUGCUGACCCUCUCUGAGCCUUUUUGCAAAGCACGGAACGAGGGAUUCCAGGAUCCGCACUAGCAGGGACUGGAGGGAUUGGUGGGAAUAAAGACUCGGUGAUCGCCAGUUCUGCUCCAGGAGCUGGAUCGCCUCUUACCGCCUCAGUGAGCAGCCUGUGCUUCCUCCAGGAUGGACGCACAGACGGUGCUGCUGGGCCUGCAGAUCAUGUCACUCCCGCUCCUGGCUCACUGUGCAGCCCCUACUCCCACCCUGAGAUUUGUGGCUGUGGGUGACUGGGGCGGGGUCCCCAAUGCCCCAUUCCACACAGCUCGGGAAAUGGCCAAUGCUAAAGAAAUCGCCAGAACCGUGCAGAUUAUGGGUGCUGACUUCAUCAUGUCCCUGGGGGACAAUUUCUACUUCACUGGAGUGCAUGAUGCCAAUGACAAGAGGUUCCAGGAAACUUUUGAGGAUGUGUUCUCCGACCGUGCCCUGCGCAAUGUCCCCUGGUACGUGCUGGCUGGAAACCACGACCACCUUGGCAACGUCUCAGCACAAAUUGCCUACUCCAAGGUCUCCAAGCGCUGGAACUUCCCAAGCCCGUACUACCGUUUGCACUUCAGAAUUCCACGGACAAAUGUCACUGUGGCCAUCUUCAUGCUGGACACGGUGAUGCUGUGCGGCAACUCUGAUGACUUCAGCAGUCAGCAGCCCAAAAUGCCCCGAGACCUGGGGGUGGCCCGCAGCCAGAUGUCCUGGCUCAAAAAGCAGUUGGCAGCAGCCAAGGAAGACUAUGUUUUGGUGGCUGGCCACUACCCCAUCUGGUCCAUUGCUGAACACGGACCCACUCGCUGCCUGGUCAAGCACUUGCGGCCACUGUUGGCCACAUACGGGGUCACUGCCUACCUGUGUGGACAUGACCACAACUUGCAGUAUCUGCAGGAUGAAAACGGAGUGGGCUAUGUGCUGAGUGGGGCCGGCAACUUUAUGGACCCCUCUGUGCGACACCAGCGCAAGGUCCCCAACGGCUACCUACGCUUUCACUACGGAUCUGAGGACUCCCUGGGUGGCUUCACGUAUGUGGAGAUAAGCCCCAAAGAAAUGAGCAUCACCUAUGUGGAAGCUUCUGGAAAAUCACUCUUCAAGACCAGCCUCCCCAGGAGACCCAGACUCUGAACACCUAGGAUUCUGCUUGUCCCCUGGUGGCUCUGAGGCAGGAAGCCUCUGCACGCAUGGUGGGUAGGUGCUGUGAGGACCUCACCCACAGGCAGCUUUUCCUCUGCCCUUGAUGCUCUGGCAGAGUAGGAAAGGAAACCACAGAGGCUUACAUACACGAAAGAAGUAUGGGCACACGGACUCGCCCCACCCCACUGCCAGGCUCACCCCUGAGGUUUUGGGGUAGAGCUUUCUUGGAGUGAGGCUUUCUUCUAACUCAAGCAUUUUUAUUGUCACCGCUAUUCAAUAAAAGAAUAGUUGUCGAGGCUGCA